AUGCAAGCUCCUCCUGCUCCUCCUAGCUUCAACACGCCUCCAGAACGCCCCGGCCAUGAAGACCUCAGAGAGCUGUACCCUGCUCCUUCUGAUGCAGAAGCUGUCGAUGAUCAUGCGCCGCCUUCAUCCACCCGUACUCCUCCAAACAGCCCUGGUGUGGAGAUACUUCGGGAGAAAUUCAUCAAAACAAAAGCAAAGUCACCUGUUAAGAAAGCCACCCUUGAACUAGGAGACCUUGCAGCUCCAAAAGCAUGCGAAGACAAUGACAGGACGCCGUUCAUCUCGCGGGGGGAACUGAAAGAUCUUCUUGUGGCCGUGCUCGCUGACCUCAAGUCUAACCCUUCAGCUGCCCAAUCCACAAAAGACACAGGGACCAACCCAGCUGAUUCUGAAGAAGACAAGGAGAAGGAAAAGGAUACAAGGGUCCGCGCUUCCAGAAGGGAAUAUAAAGUGGUUAACGAAGUCUGGGACUCCAAAAAAUACGAAUAUAAGAUCACAGAUUCCCCUCCGGCUCAAGACAUCAGCGAAUUAGAUAAAUACGCAUUCAUAGUUCGCAAACGUAUUCACCAAAAAACCGAAGCGAUCUCAACCUACAUUGACGUCAAGUCAACAGGUUUACGAAACAUUCUGAGAGCCAUUCUGAAAAACAACACGACAGCCGAUCUUGGAGUCGACAAACCAGUGAUCGAGCAAAAUUUGCUAUUUCAUUUCCUUCCAGAGCUAAAAGAGUAUUCCAGCCCAUGUGCCGCACAAGAUAACCAAGACGUUGAGGCUGAGGCCAUGGCUCACCGGGAUCUACUGCUACAGCAUUUGAUGAAGGUGUUUCAACCCACCUUAGAACGACUUGCUUCCUCCCGGCGUGAUCGGAAAAUAGCUUUUGAUCUUCUAUGGGCAUUCUUCAAACCAGGCGCGCUAAUAUAUGUGACCUGCCCGUGGACCAGUUUGCCUCGCUGUAUUCGUUACAGUUUCGGCGAGGAGAAAAUCACGCCCAAAGGCACUAUUUUCGAGGUCCAUGGCCACUAUCUUGAUUUUGAUGGGGAUGUAUUCGGUGAAUCAACCGAGAUUGUGCAAAUAAACAAGUUCCGAGGAGCAACUCUUGUUGAAAAUCUCCCCGCCUAUCCGCUGGAAUACCACGCCGACCCAGCAAUCAAAUCACGCCUCGUAUCCAACGGUCAGAAAUUUGUCUCGUUGAUGGGAAGCCAUCACUGCCAGUAUCGGGGAACCUCCUUUAUCCAGCGCAAGGAUGGAAUGCUAAAAUAUCCUGUGGACAGUAAGAUCGUGGUGGAUGCCAAGGUCUUCCGCGAAAUGAACCCGAACUAUGGCAGACUGGAGUCUAAAAGACCUCAUAUGGUUGACAUGUUUGGCACAGUUCUAGAAACCGAAAGCGUCGACCGCAUCGGAUGCAGAAAUCUUGAUCCAAGCCAGAUGCUGGAGGAUGACCUGGCCCUCUGUAGUCCAACAGUGUUGGCAUUUUCCCUGAAUGACAAGAUAUGGGGUGAAUUUGCUGUGGUUGCUGUGGAAGACGUUGAGCCAUCCAGUUUCUCAAACACCGCAUUCAACCUUUUAACCCUCCCUAAAGAUAAGAAAGAAGUCAUUCAGUCCCUCACUGAGAGCCGAGUCAACAUAUCAAGCUUUGACGAUGUUAUUGAAGGCAAGGGACAGGGCGUUAUCAUCCUGCUGCACGGUCCACCGGGAGUGGGGAAGACGCUAACCGCCGAGGCUGUUGCUGAACGCCUUGAAAGACCACUCUACUCAAUUGCCAGCAAAUGGAAAGCAGUCCUCUUGCUUGACGAAGCCGAUGUGUUCCUGCAGCAGCGGGACAACCUCCACCUGGAACGGAACCGUCUUGUUGCUAUAUUCCUACGCACACUUGAGUACUAUCGAGGAAUCUUCUUUCUCACCACUAAUCUUCUCCAAGAUUUUGAUCAAGCCAUCCUUGAUCGAAUUCACCUUAAGCUUCAGUAUCACGAUUUCGACCCUUCUGCCCGCCUUGAUAUCUUCAACCACUUCCUCCGUAAGGCGGGGGCAAACGUUGACGAGCAGGAGCUUGAGAAGUUUGUUCAAAUUGGGCUAAAUGGUCGCCAGAUUCUCAUGGGUGGGCAGCGCAUAGGCUGCUAUAACACUUCCGGUUCAUCAAACACUGAGGAGGCCGACAAUAAAGCUACCAUCAUCAGUCCUGUGGCUGGCUCUGAGGAGCAAACAUUUAUCAGCAACACUUCUCUUCACCGCGGCGGCGAAGUGCAGGUUCACCGGUAG